UAACCAUGCCACUUUGCUCAUCUUUUCCCUGUUUCUAGUUCUUGUAUAUGAAAAUGGGAAUCCAUUCAUCAUUGUUGCUCUUCUGCUACUGAGAUGCCACUUAAGAAGAUCAAUAUGAAAAUGGGAAUCCGUUUAUCAUUGUUGUUCUUCUGCUACUGUAUUGGUUCUUGUUCUUUCGGUCUUGCUGAAAAAACCAACCUGAAUAAUGAAGUAUCGGCUUUGUUAUCGAUAAAAGCCGGUCUUAUCGAUCCAUUGAAUAGCCUUCGAGAUUGGAAAUUGCCGGACAAUGUGGCAUUGAAGCAUUCAGCUCACUGUAAUUGGACUGGUGUAUGGUGCAACUCUGAUGGGGCAGUUGAAAAGCUUGAUCUCUCGUUUAUGAAUCUCAGCGGACGAGUUUCUGACGAUAUCCAACAGCUGAAACGCCUUACUUCUCUCAACUUGUGUUGCAAUCAACUGUCGUCGGCUUUACCGGAAACCAUAUGCAAUCUCACAUCACUUAACAGCAUUGACGUGAGCUCUAAUUCAUUCACCAGCAGCUUCCCUGUGGGUUUUGCAAGAGCUGCAAGGCUAACUUUCCUGAAUGGUUCAAGCAACAGUUUCACAGGAGUUCUCCCUGAGGAACUUGGCAAUGUAACUUCAUUGGAGACGCUAGACCUGAGAGGCAAUUUCUUCCAGGGUUCAGUUCCAAAGUCUUUCAAGAGCUUGCACAAGUUAAAGUUUCUUGGCCUUUCAGGGAAUAAUCUCACUGGCCAGAUACCAGGAGAAUUGGGGCAGCUUUCAUCACUGGAGACCAUAAUUAUGGGGUACAAUGAAUUUGAAGGGGGAAUACCAGUUGAGUUUGGGAACCUUUCUAGUCUAAAGUACCUUGAUUUGGCAGUUGGUAAUCUUAGUGGAGAGAUUCCAGCUGAACUAGGGAGACUCAAGCUACUCGAAACAGUUUUCUUGUAUAAGAACAGUUUUGAAGGUAAGAUUCACCCAUCAAUUGGCAACAUCACUUCGUUGCAGCUGCUGGAUUUGUCUGAUAAUGAGUUAUCUGGAGAAAUUCCUGCUGAGAUAUCUGAUCUUAAGAACUUACAGCUCUUGAACCUAAUGUGCAAUCGGUUAUCAGGCGCAGUUCCUACCGGAAUUGGAGGUUUGACACAAUUGCAGGUACUUGAGUUGUGGAACAAUUCCUUGUCAGGCUCACUGCCGAUCGAUCUUGGCAAGAAUUCACCGUUGCAGUGGUUGGACAUAUCGUCCAAUUCAUUCUCUGGUGAAAUCCCGGGAACCUUGUGUGAUGGAGGCAAUCUCACCAAGCUCAUUCUAUUCAACAAUGCUUUCUCAGGGACAUUGCCAGUCAGCUUAUCAAAUUGUCCAUCACUUGUUCGUGUUCGAGUGCAGAAUAAUCUUCUAUCCGGGACAAUUCCAGUUGGACUUGGUAAACUUGGGAGGCUUCAGAGGUUAGAAUUGGCAAAUAACAGCCUCACCGGGACAAUUCCGGAUGAUAUAGCUUCUUCUACAUCACUUUCUUUUAUUGAUCUUUCUAAUAAUGAUCUUGAAUCUUCUCUCCCUUCUACCAUUCUUUCAAUCUCGAGCCUGCAAACGUUCAUUGCCUCGAACAAUAACUUGGUUGGUGAAAUCCCAGAUCAGUUUCAGGAUUGGCCUUCACUUUCUGUGCUUGAUCUGUCAACAAACCAUUUCACAGGAAGUAUUCCAGCUAGCAUUGCUUCAUGUGAGAAAUUAGUCACUUUGAAUCUAAGGAAUAACCGAUUGACCGGAGAUAUUCCAGAAUCGAUUGCUAUGAUGCCUACUUUGGCUGUUGUCGAUUUGUCUAACAACUCUCUAACAGGUGGGAUACCUGGUAAUUUUGGAACCUCUCCGGCUUUAGAAAUGUUCAAUGUUUCGUAUAACAAACUAGAGGGUCCAGUUCCUGCAACUGGUGUGCUAAGAACAAUCAAUCCGGAUGAUCUUGUCGGCAAUGCUGGUCUCUGUGGUGGUGCUCUCCCUCCAUGUAACUUACAUUCACAAACUUCAUCAAGGCAAAGAAGUUUGCGAGCAAAGCAUAUUGUUGCUGGAUGGCUCACUGGGAUUUCAUCGGUUCUAGCAGCUGGAAUCUUACUCAUCGGUGGGCGAUCACUCUAUAAAAAGUGGUACUCACAUGGUAGUUGCUUUGAAGAAAGGUUUGAAGCAGGAAAGGGAGAAUGGCCAUGGAGAUUAAUGGCAUUCCAAAGACUUGGUUUCACAGCUGCUGACAUCUUAGCCUGUAUCAAAGAAACAAAUGUGGUUGGGAUGGGAGCCACCGGGGUCGUAUACAAGGCUGAGAUGCCGCAGUCAAAUGCAGUCGUAGCAGUUAAAAAGCUGUGGAGAUCAGGAACUGACAUCGAAAACGGAAACAGUGGGGAUUUUGUUGGAGAGGUGAAUCUCUUAGGGAAACUUAGGCAUCGAAACAUAGUUCGGUUAUUAGGAUUCCUUCAUAAUGAUACUAGCAUGAUGAUAGUGUACGAGUUUAUGCAAAAUGGUAGCUUAGCAGAUGCCUUGUACGGCAAGCAAGCCGGUAGGUUGCUGGUAGAUUGGGUUUCAAGGUAUAACAUAGCACUUGGUGUUGCACAAGGCCUUGCUUAUCUUCAUCAUGAUUGUCAUCCACCUGUAAUACAUCGAGACAUCAAGUCGAACAACAUACUGCUCGACGCAAAUCUUGUGGCAAGAAUUGCAGAUUUUGGUUUGGCAAGGAUGAUGGUUAGUAAGAAUGAAACGGUCUCGAUGGUUGCAGGGUCCUACGGCUACAUAGCUCCCGAGUACGGUUACACUUUGAAGGUCGAUGAAAAGAUUGACAUUUACAGCUUCGGGGUGGUUUUACUGGAACUUUUAACCGGGAAACGGCCUUUAGAUCCAGAGUUCGGAGAAUCCAUUAACAUUGUUGAAUGGAUUAGGAGAAAGGUUGGAGACAACAGAGCUUUAGAAGAGGAAUUAGAUCCUAAUUUAGGGAACUGUAAGCAUAUUCAAGAAGAGAUGCUCUUAGUUGUUAGGAUAGCACUUCUCUGCACUGCCAAGCACCCAAAGGACAGACCAUCAAUGCGAGAUGUGAUUACGAUGCUCGGUGAGGCAAAGCCUCGGAGGAAAAGCAGUAGCAGCAACAGCGGAAAUGCAUCGACCAAAGAGAUGCCGGUAUUUAGCACAUCGCCUGUAAAUGGCCUCUUCUAGGAACAGAAUAACAUUUCCCUUUCCAAAAACUGUAUUCUAUUUUGUAUCUAGCAUUGUAUUUGUUAAGCCUUGUAAUCACUCACUGGUUCAUUUUGUUCAGAAUAUCAACAGGGAUAUCAAGCUGGCUUUCACCUGCAAAUAAAGUCCCAUUUUUCGGGGGCGAGCCAUGCAUGAUGAUAACUCCGUUGUAACUCAAAUUUUUAUUUCUCCUUGUCAAAGUAUUUGUAAUAGUGCAGAUCUACAGAUAAAUUUCUUGUAAAAUCCAUCUUCUUAUGCACCCAAUUG